CGUGCGCAAUAAAUAUUAAAACGACGAAUGGCCGUUAACAUGGGCUGGGAGAUAAUUACGUUAAAGGUAGUGAGAGCUAAAGCGACCUUCGAGCCUCUAUGAUGAGACAGGAGUCCAAAUGAAACUCAGCCGCAGAAUGGCAGCACUCGCACCAACGUAAAGCGGAAGUAGUAUAACGAAUGUAUUGUUAAAAUUACCACAGAAGAAGAAACAGGUUUGUUGACAUCCUCCUCUCAGCUGCCUACUAUUUGUUCUCGCCCCUGGAAAAGAGAUGAAGAAGCUUUUCGAUGACAUCAAGAAGGAUAUUAAAUUUAAAUCGGCGGGCCCUGGGAAGAAGCUAACGGAAGAUACCAGAGGUGCACCUGAGAGAGGGCAGAAGAGCUCUGGCAGCAAGCAGCAUCAGCGCGAAGCUCCUAGCGAGGGUUCCCAACGGGCAGGUGCGGCAGCUCUGGCCAGAGUCGAACAGCAACAGAGGCCAAAGGCCCACACGUCCCAGGAUGCCAUCAGGAACCAGGUAAAACGAGAAUUGGAAGCUGAGGCUGCUGCGUUGGCCGGAAAAGAAAAGGCAGCGACGGCAGAGGGAACCAGCAUCGCUGAGAAAGACCGUCUCUCAGUGUCCGGUGUGUAUUUCACCUGCCCGCUAACGGGAGCCACUCUAACCAAGAGCGAGCGGGAUGUCCACAUCAAGGAGGCUAUUUUGAUGCGGUUUGAGGAAGAUAGUUUAGAGGCAUCCGUCAUGAUGAUUCACACAUUUAACAAAGAUAAAGAGAAGGUGAAGGCGGCUGUGGACAUCAUAAGCAAAUAUGUUGAAAAUAUUUGUAAGAAUCCUUCAGAGGAAAAAUACAGGAAGCUUAAAAUCAGUAACAAGGUCUUUCAGGAAAAAGUGCGUUGUGUGGAGGGAAGUCGAGAGUUCUUAGAGGCCCUAGGCUUCAUUAGCACAAUGCUUCCUGUCGAUGGUCAAGAGGAGGAAGAAGAGUUUCUGGUGUUGCCCGAGCAAAGUCCCGACGCCCUGGAGCUGAUGAAGGAGCGGAGGGACCGGCUGCAGCGCGGUGAGCCUGUCCGAGCGCAACUGGACCGGCAGGCUCAAGCCUUCAGGGCGUCGGACAACGCCACUCGCUUCGAGCUGCCGCCAGAGUUCUACAACCUGAGCGCAGAGGAACUCAAGAGGGAACAACAGCAGAAGAGUGACUUGGUGGAAAAGAACUCGAUGCUUCGUACCAAAGCUAUGAGGGAGCGAGAUGAGCAAAGGGAGAGGAGAAAAUACAACUACACUCUGCUCCGUGUUCGGCUUCCUGAUGGAAACCUCCUCCAGGGGACCUUCUACGCCUGGGACCGACUUCCCGUGCUGUUCAGCUUUGUGAGAGACUCACUGGUGGACGGCUGGCAGCCAUUUGAGCUCAUUGCACCUGGUGGUCAAAAGCUGCAGGAGACCGAGGAUGUGGCUUUAGCUGAGUGUAACCUGGUCCCCGCAGCUCUUCUCUCAUUCGCCUGGGAUGCCGCCGUGCAGGCUGACAUUGCUGCAGCGGGCAGUAAAAGCUCAACUCUGCUCAAACCAGAGCUGCUAGAGACUAUUCGCAAUCUGAACUGAAAGUUGAGCAGGCACACGCUGUACAUGCCAACUCCCCUUCCUGGUGCCGCCGGAGGUGAAAUAGUCCCUCACCAACUGACCAGUCAUGUUUGUAUUUAUUACUGUCACCGCUAAUCGUCUAACACAUGCCAACAUUUGCUUACGACACCUGACUGAUGAACCAAGACAAGCGAGUCGUGACAUGUAAAUGUAGAAAAGCGCUGUAUCCGUUGCUUCUUUCACUCUAAGAUCCUCCAGAAGAUCCAGAACUGCAACAUGUGUGUAUUAGCAGCAUAAAGAAAAGACCGGGCAUAAAAUGUUUACCUGGUAGCGAUGAUAACUCUAACCUCAUUUUAAAACAUUAGUAUAAAGAACAAAUGGCUUCCCGAUGAAGGGUAGAAGCAAAAAAACAUUAAUAGGUGAAUAGUGAGAUUGUAGUACCUGUUAAAAUGAAACACUAAUACCAAACCUUUGUUGUUAAAAAGGUAAAGGGUGAUCAAUCCUAGGUCUUCUGUUGCUGUGCUCAUCCACCAAUUUUGCGACAUCUGUGUGAAAAAAGUUUUGGAUACUACCUCUGAAGGAAGGAAAAUUGACAGGUUGGAUGUUAUUUUCCUUUUCAAGCACGAUUUAAAUCUUUCCACUGAGCUGCAUGUGUCGGAACUGUAGUUUAAAAAAAAAAAAAAAGGAAAGGAAAAAAAAGGUCAGAGUUGUAUUUGUUUGUAUCAAACAUCUACUGAAGAUGUCGUGAAAAAUCAGGGAACGGCAAUUAAAUCAUCCCCGUCAGUGACGCUUCAGUAUUUAUUUUCCUGCUGAGACAUAAUGCCUUUAUUUUACUAAUCUCUUAUUGUAAAUGAACCCCUAAACACUCCAGGUAGGACUUAAUGCACCUUGCUAGUUUGGCUUGUGUUUUCUCUUAAACCUUGUAGUGGAAAAAAGGUGACAACAAACUACCUCGCAUUUCUCUUCUAUCAAAUACGGACGUAGAUCUAGUCAUGGGGCCAUGUAGUUAUUGUCACCGAAAAGCUAAUUCCACUGUGUUUUCCCAGCAUUUCUCCCUAAUUUCCAGGUGUUCUACGGUUUUCAAAAUGAGCAGUUUGUCAACCUGUUUUGUCUGUAAUAAAGAUUGCUUGCAUUGCAUCUAGA